AUGUCACUCACAGGUUCUGCGCUGAGACUGGCCAAUGGAGGGAACAGGUGUCAAGGUCGCGUUGAAGUCCUGUAUCAUGGAUCCUGGGGCACAGUUUGUGAUGACGACUGGGACCUGAACGAUGCCAACGUUGUGUGCAGUCAGCUGGGCUGUGGAUAUGCUGUUUCUGCUCCAGGGAAUGCCCGGUUUGGUCAGGGAUCUGGCAACAUCCUCCUGGACCAUGUGCAAUGUUCAGGAUGGGAAUAUUAUCUGUGGAACUGCCCUCACCGUGGGUGGUACAGCCAUGACUGUAGUCACAAUGAAGAUGCCGGAGUCUUCUGCUCAGAUGGCCAGUCGAGUGGGAGCACAACCCCCGAUUGGUGGUAUCCAUGGACAACAGAGCCAGAAAAGACAACUUCCUCGUUUGACUUGACAACUGCUUGGGUGAGCCAGGAACCAGGCUCAUCCCUGAGACUAGUGAAUGGCGGAAACAGAUGUCAAGGUCGGGUAGAAGUCCUCUACCACGGGACCUGGGGCACCGUGUGUGAUGACGAUUGGGACAUCAAUGAUGCCAAGGUUGUAUGCAGGCAGCUGGGCUGUGGAUAUGCCAUUUCUGCUCUAGGAAGUGACCGGUUUGGCCAAGGAUCUGGCAGCAUCCUCCUGGAUGACAUGCACUGUGGAGGAUGGGAAUACUACUUGUGGGAUUGCCCACACCGAGGAUGGUACAACCAUAACUGUGGUCAUGGAGAAGAUGCCGGGGUGGUCUGCUCAGAUGGCCAGUCCAGUGAGAGCACAACCCCUGAACCAACACCUACUUUGUAUGACUCAACAACAGAAACCUCGUAUGACUCGGCAACAGCUUGGGUGAGCCAAAAACCAGGUUCAUCCCUGAGACUAGUGAAUGGAGGAAACAGAUGCCAAGGUCGGGUUGAAGUCGAAUAUCAAGGCUCCUGGGGCACCGUGUGUGACGAUGACUGGGACAUGAAUGAUGCUAACGUCGUGUGCAGGCAGCUGGGCUGUGGAAGCGCUGUUUCAGCUCCAGGAAGUGCCCGGUUUGGUCCAGGAUCUGGCAGCAUCCUCCUGGAUGACGUGCACUGUACAGGAUGGGAAUAUUACUUGUGGGAUUGCCCUCAUCGAGGAUGGUACAACCAUAACUGUGGUCAUGGAGAAGAUGCCGGAGUGAUCUGCUCAGAUGGCCAGUCGAGUGAGAGCACAACCCCUGACUGGUGGAUUCCCCAGACAACAGAGUCUGAAGCAACAACAGACCUGACAGAGACACCAGAUUGGCUUGGAACAGGUUCUGAUUUAUCCCUGAGACUGGUGAAUGGAGGGGACCGAUGUCAAGGCCGUGUUGAAGUCCUGUACCGUGGGUCCUGGGGCACAGUGUGUGAUGAUGCCUGGGAUAUCAGUGAUGCCAAUGUCGUGUGCAGGCAGCUGGGCUGUGGUUACGCUGUUUCCGCUCCGGGACGUGCCCAGUUUGGUCAGGGCUAUGGCAACAUUCUCCUGGAUGAUGUGGGUUGUUCAGGACAGGAAUACUACCUGUGGAACUGCCCUCAUAAUGGAUGGAACAGACAUAACUGCCAACACAGUGAAGAUGCUGGAGUGGUCUGUUCAGAUAGCCAUUCAACAUGGACAACACCUGAUUGGUUUCCCACAGAAACAAUCACGGACUCAACUAUGACAUCAGGUAAACCAGAAACAAGCACAGACUCAACAGCGACAACAGAUUUAUCUCUGAGACUGGUGAAUGGAGGGGACCGGUGUCAAGGCCGUGUUGAAGUCCUGUACCAUGGAACUUGGGGCACGGUGUGUGAUGACGACUGGGAUGCCAACGAUGCCAACGUUGUAUGCAGACAGCUGGGCUGUGGAUACGCCGUUUCUGCACUAGGAAAUGCCCGGUUUGGUCAGGGCUACGGCAGCAUCCUCCUGGAUGAUGUACGUUGCUCAGGACGGGAGUACUACCUGUGGAACUGCCCGCAUAAUGGAUGGAACAGACAUAACUGCCAACACAGUGAAGAUGCUGGAGUGAUCUGCUCAGAAUCAAGGACAACUGCAGAUUGGUUUCCCAUAGAAACCUCAUCCCCAGUGAUGUCAGAAACAACUACAGUCCCAACCACAACGCUAGACUGGCUUGGACCAACUUCUGAUUUAUCCCUGAGACUGGUGAAUGGAGGGGACCAAUGUCAAGGACGUGUUGAAGUCCUGUACCGCGGGUCCUGGGGAACGGUGUGUGAUGAUUCCUGGGACAUUAAUGAUGCCAACGUCGUAUGCAGGCAACUGGGCUGUGGAUACGCUGUUUCUGCUCUAGGAAAUGCCCAAUUUGGCCAAGGCUCUGGCAACAUCCUCCUGGAUGAAGUACGUUGCUCAGGAUGGGAAUAUUACCUGUGGAGCUGCCCUCAUAAUGGAUGGAACAGCCAUAACUGCCAACACAGUGAAGAUGCUGCAGUGGUCUGCUCAGGUAGCCAUUCAGGAUGGACGACACCUGGAACAACCACAGCCCCAACAACAACCCCAGAUUGGAUUGGAACUACUUCUGAUUUAUCACUGAGGCUAGUAAAUGGAGGGGACAGAUGCCAUGGUCGUGUUGAAGUCCAAUAUCAUGGUUCCUGGGGCACCGUGUGUGAUGAUAACUGGGACAUGAAUGAUGCCAACGUUGUGUGCAGGCAGCUGGGCUGUGGAUACGCUGUUUCCGCUCCAGGAAAUGCCCACUUUGGUCAAGGCUCUGGCAACAUUCUCCUCGAUGACGUGGGCUGUGCAGGAUGGGAAAACUACUUGUGGAACUGCCCUCAUCGAGGAUGGAACAGCCAUAACUGUGGUCACCAUGAAGAUGCUGGAGUGAUCUGCUCAGAAGCAACUACCGAGUCAACAACAAUUCCAGAUUGGUAUGAAAAUUAUACAACCACGGAAGCUAGACCAACGACUAAUGACAGUAAUCUUCAAUGCGGUGGCUUCCUGUUCAAUUCUUCCGGGUCGUUCACCAGCCCACACUACCCUGGAUAUUACCCAAACAAUGCUUAUUGCGUCUGGCAAAUAGAAGUGAAUUACAACUACCGGAUCAAUCUGGAAUUCCGUUAUCUACAAUUGGAGCCUCACAGCUCUUGCCAUUUUGAUUAUGUUGAAGUCUUUGAUGGCUCUAUGAACAACAAUUCCUUAUUGGGGAGAAUCUGCAACGAGUCCCAAAAAACAUUCACAUCAUCCUCAAACAGAAUGACAGUUCGAUUUACCAGUGACAUCAGCUUUCAAAACACAGGCUUUUCAGCUUGGUAUAACUCUUUCCCUCAAGAUGCCUUUUUGAGACUGGCCAAUUCGUCUGACAGCUGCCGGGGCCGGGUGGAAGUCUACCAUCGUGGCACCUGGGGAACAGUGUGUGACGAUAACUGGGGCCUGCAGGAAGCCCAGGUGGUCUGCCGGCAGUUGGGAUGUGGGACAGCUCUUUCUGCCCUGGGAAAUGCCUACUUCGGCCAGGGCUCGGGCCCCAUCACCCUGGAUGAUGUUCACUGUAGAGGGAAUGAGUUGAAUCUCUGGUGGUGUCGUAAUAAUGGCUGGUUCUCCCACAACUGUAAUCACAGAGAAGACGCUGGAGUCAUCUGCUCAGGUUACCAGUCAACUCCUGAUCCUUAUACCACCUCUGAGAAUACACUCUUGCCCAGUGGAGCAUCAGAUUCUUGUGGCAGUUAUCUUUCAUACUCCUCCGGGGAAAUUUCCAGUCCAAACUACCCCUGGAACUAUCCACAUCAUGCAAACUGCGUCUGGGAAAUUGAAGUCCGCAACAAUUACCGUGUGACCAUUGUAUUUAGAGAUGUGGCGAUUGAAGGUGGCUGCGGCACAGAUUACAUUGAAAUCUAUGAUGGGCCUUGGCACACGUCUCCUUUAAUUUCGCGACUUUGCAAUGGAGGUGGCGGUUCUUUCACAUCAACUUCGAACUUCAUGACCGUUCGUUUUAUUAGCGACGGAAGCAUUGCCUACCAGGGAUUUCAUGCUCAGUACUACUCCAGCCCAGCGAAUGACAACACCAGGCUUCUGUGCUUGCCUGAAUACAUGCAAGCCACUAUCAGUAGAAGCUACCUCAAGUCAUUGGGAUUCUCUGCAUGGGACAUUCUCUUGGCCAAUUCAUCCUGCAAACCAGAGAUUACUCCCAGUGAUGUGAUAUUCACAAUACCAUAUGAUAGAUGUGACACAAGAAAAGAGAUAAACAAUGAUACUAUAACCUAUAGCAACCUGCUCAGAGCAUCCCCUUCUGGAGACAUAAUCAGAAGGGAGAAGGAUCUUCAUUUGAAAGUCAGCUGCAAAAUGCUUAAGAAUUCCUGGAUAGAAACCAUGUACAUUACUAAUGAUUCCAUUGAAGUCAAUGAAAUCCAAUACAGCAGUUACGCUGUGAACUUUUCAUUUUAUGAAUCAUCAUCAUUCUCACGACCAGUGCAUAGUUCACCCUACUAUGCUAGGCUGAACCAGGAUUUAUAUCUUCAAGCUAAAAUCCGCCACACAGAUAGGAAUUUGGCAUUGUUUGUGGACACCUGUGUAACAUCACCAGAUUCUAAUUUUGCAUCCCUGAAGUAUGAAUUAAUCAAGAGUGGAUGUGUGAAAGACAGUACUUACGUAACCUACAGGCCACCAUCCCAAGAUACUGCACGGUUCAAAUUCAGUGCCUUCCACUUCCAUCAUAGUUACCCUUUGGUCUACCUGAAGUGUAAAAUUGCAGUGUGCAGGGCGUAUGAUUAUUCUUCUCGGUGCUAUAAAGGCUGUCUAGUGAGGUCCAAACGAGAAACAGAUCCAUUUGAGGAACAUGUAGAUGUGGUACUGGGGCCAAUUCAACUUCAGGAGCACCACCUGGAGAAGAGGAAUCUGGACCUGGAUACGGCUGAAGUUAAGGAAGAAAACAAACCCCAGGGAGCAUCUCACCUCCUUGCUGUAUCUGCUGGGGUUUUCGUCAUCACAGUCUUGCUUGUUUCAGCUUUCCUGCUCAGAAAACGCAAACAGCCAAACAACGGGGGAUCUAUUUACUACAAGAUGUGAAAUACAAGAUCUUGAUGGAAGCAGCAGCCUUUUCCAAGCUCCAACUCUACAGGCUUAAGUUUUUUUCAUUCUUAGGAAAGAAAGUUCAAACUCAAGAAAAUAGCCUCAAAAUAUACUGUAGAAUUCCAUCUUGACUAAAUUUACAAUGGUAUAAAUGUAUGGGUGGAGGAGGAGUCUACGUCUUUCUUUAAAUCUUGGCCCCAGAUCUCUGCUAUGUCUUUUCCAGGUUUUAAAAAAAAACAAAAACCCAAAACAAAGAAAAACUGUUUUAUAUCUAAGCUAUUAAAUUAAAAGUGAAUUUUCAUUAUGCAGAAUUUUUAUCUAGGUGUAUCAAGAAACUCCCUGUCAGUCAUUUUAAAGGCUAAAUAAAACUAUUUUUGUCAUUGCAAA